AUGUAUCACCAUGUAUUACCAUGUAUAGCCAUGUAUAGCCAUGUAUUGCAAUGUAUUGCCAUGUAUAGCCAUGUAUUGCCAAGUAUACCCAUGUAUAGCCAUGUAUUGCCAUGUAUUACCAUGUAUCACCAUGUAUUACCAUGUAUAGCCAUGUAUAGCCAUGUAUUGCCAUGUAUAGCCAUGUAUUGCCAUGUAUACCCAUGUAUUGCCAUGUAUACCCAUGUAUAGCCAUGUAUACCCAUGUAUAGCCAUGUAUUGCCAUGUAUUACCAUGUAUAGCCAUGUAUUACCAUGUAUCACCAUGUAUUACCAUGUAUAGCCAUGUAUAGCCAUGUAUUGCCAUGUAUUACCAUGUAUUACCAUGUAUUACCAUGUAUCACCAUGUAUUACCAUGUGUAGCCAUGUAUAGCCAUGUAUAGCCAUGUAUUACCAUGUAUCACCAUGUAUUACCAUGUAUAGCCAUGUAUAGCCAUGUAAUGUCAUGUAUAGCCAUGUAUUACCAUGUAUCACCAUGUAUUGCCAUGUAUAGCCAUGUAUAGCCAUGUAUUACCAUGUAUCACCAUGUAUUACCAUGUAUAGCAAUGUAUAGCCAUGUAUAGCCAUGUAUAGCCAUGUAAUGUCAUGUAUAGCCAUGUAUUACCAUGUAUCACCAUGUAUUGCCAUGUAUAGCCAUGUAUAGCCAUGUAUAGCCGUGUAAUGUCAUGUAUAGCCAUGUAUUACCAUGUAUCACCAUGUAUUGCCAUGUAUACCCAUGUAUAGCUAUGUAUAGCCAUGUAUUCCCAUGUAUACCCAUGUAUAGCCAUGUAUUGCCGUGUAUAGUGAUGUAUUGCCAUGUAUAGCCAUGUAUACCCAUGUAUUGCCAUGUAUACCCAUGUAUAGCCAUGUAUACUCAUGUAUAGCCAUGUAUUGCCAUGUAUUACCAUGUAUUGCCAUGUAUUACCAUGUAUCACCAUGUAUUACUAUGUAUAGCCAUGUAUAGCCAUGUAUAGCCAUGUAUAGCCAUGUAUUACCAUGUAUUACCAUGUAUAGCAAUGUAUAGCCAUGUAUAGCCAUGUAAUGUCAUGUAUAGCCAUGUAUUACCAUGUAUCACCAUGUAUUGCCAUGUAUAGCCAUGUAUAGCCAUGUAUACCUAUGUAUAGCUAUGUAUACCCAUGUAAUGCCAUGUAUUGCCAUGUAAACCCAUGUAUAGCCAUGUAUACCCAUGUAUAGCCAUGUUUUGCCAUGUAUAGCCAUGUAUUGCCAUGUAUACCCAUGUAUAGCCAUGUAUAGCCAUGUAUUACCAUGUACAGCCAUGUAUUACCAUGUAUUGCCAUGUAUUACUAUGUAUAGCCAUGUAUUGCCAUGUACAGCCAUGUGA